AUGUUGUCCACGCCGUCUGGUUCGGGUGUCAUCAUCAUCUUCCUCAAGUGUCUUUUCACAAAAUACACCUUCAAGAUGACCAGUCCUAUAACGUCAGCACAAGCAGUGGUCACCAUGACUACCACAACAGAGACCUUCCAUCACUUCUACUACCUACCAGCAGAGCUAAAAGACAUGAUAUGGGAUGCGGCUAUCCGGCAAGAUCAGCCCUCGGCUCACUUCUUGCGCUUGUCAGUCGGCGUGUCCGGCCGAACCAAAUUCUCUAUCCCGCGAAACACUCCCUCCGUCCGCGGUCGUCUGGGUCACAAAGUACCCAACCCGUCCAUAUACUUUCUGGAUCACGGUCUUUGGACCGCGUGCAGGGGCUCACAUGCGCGCGCGAGACGCCAUUUUCAGGAAGCCAAGCUCAGCAUCCCAUCCAAUUCCACUGCCCAAGUACACGAUGUCCCUGAACCGAUGACAACGACUCCCAUCUACAAAUCAAGCAGUAUGAUAUCAGUGCACCCGCAAAACGACCUGGUCAUACUACAGCUGAGAACUGGCAUCCGUCCCCUGAUCUCUCUGCCCCCUAGCAUGCCCUUCGCCAACCCUGUAUCGCGAUCAGAAGGCACAUUCCCAACCUGCUCCUUCAGCAUGGGCAACGUGGGUCUAGAAUACAAUCCAUGCUGGAACUGGGGUCGACUUGCCUUCGAAGUAGGGUAUGAUUUCAGGAAAGACACAACAGCACGUGGCCACCUCUGGCGGUCCAUCGACUACAUGUGGCGGGUGAUGCGCAUCCGCAAGCUGUGGUUCGUCGACACCCGGCUGCGGCCCAAGCUCAACACGCGCAUCGAGUCCCUCACGACGGCUGCGUCGUAUCGAAAGCAGCUCUCCGACGAUCCGCGGAACGUCUUCGCCGCCCAGGACCGCCUAUACGUGGAGGUCACGCGGAACGAGGCAAACGACGAGGAGAGCCUCACUCACUUAAGCGCUGGGGACCCCUUCGACCUCACUCAAGAACUCUUCCAAAUCAUGUCGCUCUACCACCGCGAUUCAUACGACCUAGUUGGUGGGGAAUACUAUAAACCAGAUGGCCAUGGAGACUGUUGCGAGCCUGAUACUCGCAAAUGCCCAUAUCCGGUGAUGGAGCUAGGCGUACUAAUGUGCGUUCCACUUGCUGGAGGUCAAGAACAAAGCCAAUCAGGGAUAAAAAGGCAAGCCUCGAUGUAA